AUGUACCAUACCCGAAAGGCUACCGAACGCCACGAUAAAGUCUACGCUUUGCUUGGUAUGAGCUCCGAUGAUCCCAGUGGAGCGGGGCUAUAUGUUGACUACACGAUUCCAUGGAGUCAAGUAUUUCAUAGACUGGUUGAAUAUGUACUUUCACAAUCGGUAUCUGUGAAGACUUGGAGCGACAGGGAACUGGCUGUUAUUCAUGGAAAGGGCCUAGUUCUGGGCGAAGUCUCCUCGGUUCAAAGAGAUCCGGCUUGGGAGGAUAGCCAGGAAGUGACAAUUACCUGGAAGAAUGCAUAUGUUGAGGCUGGCAGAAUGUCGUCUUGGGCAGUCCAGGCCUCGGCAAAGAGCGUCCAAGCAGGGGACAUUGUGUGCCUUCUUCAGGGAGCGUCAAGGCCCACGAUCAUCAGACUAUGUCAUCCUUACUGGGCCGUUGUCAUGAUUUCGGUGCCUCCCACAGACUCUAUUUCUCGCAAUGGCAAGGGCAUCGAGUGGUCGGAAAUAUUACAGUCGGUCACGAGGUUCUCACACAGCUUUGUCCUUGUCUGGGACUGGGAGAUGCAACCAAAUGAGUCUCUUGGCGAUCAAGAAAUAAAGUACGAGGAACUCAUGGUCAAAGAAAUGCAGAAGGGCUCAAUGACAGAUAAACUGUACAUUAUUGCAAUACUGGCGAAUAUUGGAUUCGUAUUGCAUGAUCUUGAAAGACAUGCCGAAGCUGAAAAGUAUGUCCGGAGAUCGUUGAGAAACUUUGACAAGGCUUUGAAAAAUGUGGACAACUCGAACCCAGCGUCGAACUCCAGAAUUGGUACUAACACUGGGGCAUACAUUGCAGCGAUAACCGAAGCUCUUCUUGGAGUUGAGGGCGGUUGGUUGCCACUGAGAUGGGCGUCAGAGGAUGGAUACGACUUAACGAUUAAACUUAUGCUUGAGAAAGUUAACCCGAACAUAAAGAGUGAGGCUGGUCGAACUCCGCUCUCUUGGGCAUCAAGUCAUGGCUACGAGGCUCUUGUUAAUCUGCUUCUUGGAAUCGAGGUUGUUGAUCCAGACGCGAGAGACGAGAAGGGGUGGACUCCACUGCUAUGGGCAGCCAGCAGAGGACACGAAACAAUUGUUAAGCUUCUUCUUGACACGAAAAAGGUUGAUCCAAAUGCCAAGGAAAAGCCCGACGAGACCAGACGAACAAGGCGAACACCACUCUUACUCGCCGCAGAGGGUGGUCACGAGGCAGUAGUAAGGAUGCUUCUUGAUACUAACGCGGUUGACUUGAGCGCUAGUGCUGAGACUGGAGAAGCGUCUUUGCUGUGGGCCGUGAAGAACGGGCAUGUAGGGGUUGUUCAACUGCUACUUCAAACAGGAAAGAUUGUUCCGGAUGCCGCAGAAGAGAGUGAGAUUGAAGACGAAAGCGGACGAACACCGCUUAUGUGGGCAGCAAACAACCAGCAUCACGAUGUUGUUAAGCUUCUUCUCGAUACCGGCAAGGUCGAUCCGGAGGCUAGAGACAAGUGCAGAAGAACGGCCAUAUCUCUCGCCGCGGAAAACGGCAAUGACAAAAUUGUGAAGCUGUUGUUGAGUACUGACAAGGCCGACCCUGACGCAGUUGAUAAGGAUGGACGAACUCCACUAAUACUGGCGGCAGAGGGAGGGUUUGAAAAGGUUGUUCAGCUGCUUCUUGAUACAAACAAGGUUAAUACAAGUUUGAAAGACAACCGCGGACGAACGCCUCUAUCGUCAGCCGCCAAGAAUGGCCACGAAGCUAUUGUCAGCAUGCUAGCUGAGAGAAAUGAGCUGAGCUUCCAAGACCUACAGCGCCAGAUCCUAGCACCCCCCAAGCAUGAGGACUUUCUCAACAUCCGAGAUGAGGACUACUUUGACCAUCGAUGUCAAGAACUGUUUUCAAAUCUUCGACAGUGA